GCCGCGGGGGUAACACUUAGCCUGCCCGGUCCCGUGCAGUCCGCCCAGCUGUCGGCCACCGCUGCCUCCCUCGUCCUCGGAGCCGCCAUGGCGGGGGCUCUAGAGUCGCUGGAGAAAUGCCUGGACCGGCACCUCCCGCCCGAGGAGCUCGGCGAAGUGAAGCGGAUCCUUUACGGCAGCCUGAGCAGAGAACUGGCCUUGCCGGCUGCGGCUCUGUCGGCCGCGAGCCAGAGGGCGUUUGAGCUGCAGGGCUGUGGAUUUGGAGCUGCGCCCGAGCAGCUGAGGCAGCCCCGUGUGGUUCGAGUGGGGCUGGUUCAGAAUAAAAUCCCCCUGCCCACAGACACACCCGUGGCGGAGCAGGUGGCUGCCCUGCACAGGCGAAUAGAGGAGAUCGUGGAGGUGGCUGCAAUGUGUGGGGUCAAUGUGAUCUGCUUUCAAGAGGCUUGGACUAUGCCCUUUGCAUUCUGUACAAGAGAGAAGCUUCCAUGGACUGAAUUUGCUGAGUCAGCAGAGGAUGGUCUGACAACAAGGUUCUGCCAGAAGCUGGCAAAGAAGCACAAUAUGGUUGUGGUGUCUCCAAUUCUGGAGAGAGAUGAUGUACAUGGAGGAACUUUGUGGAACACUGCAGUGGUGAUUUCAAACUCUGGAUCUGUCCUUGGGAAGAGCAGGAAAAAUCACAUUCCAAGGAUUAGAGAUUUCAAUGAGUCUACUUACUAUAUGGAGGGCAACACAGGGCAUCCUGUGUUCCAGACUCAGUUUGGAAGGAUUGCUGUGAAUAUCUGUUUUGGGCGCCAUCACCCCCUGAACUGGCUCAUGUACAGUCUAAAUGGAGCAGAGAUUAUCUUUAACCCUUCAGCUACUACUGGAGAACUCAGCGAGUCACUGUGGCCAAUUGAAGCAAGAAAUGCAGCUAUUGCUAACCACUGUUUUACAUGUGCCAUAAACCGAGUUGGAACGGAAUACUACGUGAAUGCAUUUACAUCUGGAGAUGGUGGGAAAGCCCACCAUGACUUGGGAUAUUUUUAUGGCUCGAGUUAUGUGGCUGCGCCAGAUGGCAGUCGGACACCUGGACUGUCCCGCACACAGGAUGGGCUUUUGGUGUCUGAGGUGGAUCUAAACCUUUGCAGGCAAGUCGGUGACAAAUGGAGUUUUAAGAUGACUGGUAGAUACGAGAUGUAUGCAGAGGAACUCACGAAGGCUGUCCAGCUUAACUUUGCACCCAAUAUUAUUAAAGAGUAGCUGUGGCGGUGUCCUCUGGUAGGAGAGCUCUCACACCAAGUGGGAUAAAAAUGUCAACACUUAAAGGCUUUGUCUGAGACCUUUUGACACAUGUAGUCUCCUUUUCUUUGGAUGCCGAAUCAGUCAUAUGGUUCAGAAGAGUAUCGGGAAUACAAGCAUUGACUCUUGGUACUUCCCAAAAGGAAGUGCUAGAUAAGGAACUGACUGUAUUUCCUCUCACUUCACAUGAUAACUUUAUGUUGUCACAAGUAGCUGAACGCCCAUGCUGUCACGCGGGUGUAAUUUGUUAAGUCAUGUUUAUGAAAAAGCCAAAAAUGUCUCUAAAUAAAAACUGUCAUCAGCUAUUCUUGUAGCUGUUUCCAUUGCUUCACAUUGAUGCAGACGUUCUAAGCUUCAGAGUGGUGUUUGUGGUUAGUGGUGUGUGCUGGUUGUGUCUAUUUGUGCGUG